AUGAACCGAACGUCGCACACUUUCUCACGAAAGCAUUCAAGGACCAACGCAACGACACAAACGCAACAGGCUACUGCUGUUGUUGCAAAGGUCGAGAUCGAAGGAGUCAACAUGGCGUCCUCCUCGGAAGAGUACGACAAUGAGGCCAUGGACGAGUGUCCCUUGGACGGGAGCGUCUCGGACAGAGUUGGUUGCAUCCUGUCUUAUGCAGGAUCCGAGACGGACGUUUGGAUCAACUACACGGUUCUUGCAAUCAACACCAUGUUCUGCUGUUGGGUCGUUUCGCAACAGCAGCGUUCGGCCAAGAUUGGCUGUCAUGUGACAUCGUUGGUAUUCGUGGUGGCAUUUCAAAUUGGAUUGUGCCUCCAGUUGGGAUGUGCGGGAAUUUCCAUUGUCUGGUGCGCCAUGAUGUCGUGGGCUUGGAGAGAAGAACAACGACAACAGACGACAUCCACAAGGAGCCAUUGGGUAUGGUCGUGGAUUCCCAAAGGACUGACUGCCACGGCGAUCAUCUACUAUGGAAUCGUAUCACCUGUGAUCACGACAGCGGCUCAUUUCUGUGCCUUGGCGCUGGGAUACUUCCUCUCCUAUCUCGAAUCAUUGUCUCCUUGCUUUGGGAGUGGAGAGGCGCUCUACGAUAAUGUUUCAAGACCAGCAGUCGAGCCCGAUCAAUCUCGGGAGCGAAUCCUUGACAACGACCAUUAA